AUGAAGGGAGACGUACGCAGUUGUGAGGAGCCUGUGUUAUCCACAAAUGGAGUAAAUGACAAAUAAUUGAAAAUAAGCUCUGUGAGUUGCAACAAACCUAUUAAGAUCUUUAUGAACAGCUACUGUACUCUCUUUCACUAAUCUUUUUCUGCUUUUCCUGUGAACAGACCAGGGGUGGAUUGGGACUGGCCCAGGUGAGCCCCAGUGUGGUGUGUCUGUUCUGGCCUUAGGUUUGCAAGGGAAAGACUCAGUGGUUCCAGCAGUGAGGAGGGUCGGAGAACACUUCAAAGGGAGCCUGGCUCAUGCCAGACAGGCAGGCCGUUGUCUCCUUUUGUUCCGAAAUUGAGUUGAACCAUAUCUCGGAGAGGGGAGGGGCAUUGGGUAGGAACUCUAGAGCAGGGUUGGGAACUCUUAUUUUAUACUUUCCAACUCUCUACAUCUGUGUGUUUUUCAUUGUGAUUGUUUUAUAACAAUAAUAUAAAAACUAUAUAGUAAUACAGUAAUAAAUAAAAGUAAUGAUCUAAAAAUCGACUUAAGGUAUUACGACAAAGUUAAGCAAUUAAAUACAGUUGGAAAAUAGAAUGGCAUUAGAAUGGCAUUUUAUUACAGUUCCACAAAUAGCUGCUAGCUUUAUAACAGACCUUUCUCUGUGUGGAGUCCAAGCAGAAUGGCACCCUUAACCGUGGAUUGCAGGUACUCCGUGCGCGUAUCACCGCAGAUGGCCAACCGGAUCGUGGAUUCUGCAAGGAGCAUCCUCAACAAGUUUAUACCCGAUAUCUAUAUUUACACAGACCACAUGAAAGGAGUCAGCUCUGGGAAGUCUCCUGGCUUUGGGUUGUCACUGGUUGCCGAGACCACCAAUGGCACCUUCCUCAGUGCUGAACUGGCCUCCAACCCCCAGGGCCAGGGAGCAGCAGUGCUUCCGGAGGACCUCGGCAGGAACUGUGCCAAGCUGCUGCUCGAAGAGAUCUAUAGGGGUGGAUGUGUGGACUCGACCAACCAGAGCCUGGCUCUGUUGCUCAUGACCCUUGGACAGCAGGAUGUUUCCAAAGUCCUGCUCGGACCGCUGUCUCCCUACACGAUAGAGUUUUUGCGGCAUUUGAAGAGUUUUUUCCAGAUUAUGUUUAAAAUUGAAACCAAGCCAUGUGGUGAAGAACUCAAGGGUGGGGAUAAAGUGCUGAUGGCCUGUGUUGGUGUUGGUUUCUCCAACCUUAGCAAGACCCUCAAGUGAGACUGUCACCAGAUAAGGCCCCAGCGCCUACCGACAAGCAGAAGCUGCCACGGACACCCAAAGGGACCAAGUCCACAUUCAUACAGGACAGGAUAUGCUUCUGCAUCAAGGAUUUCUUAAUUUCCCAUUAAAAAAAAAAUCAGAAUAUUUAAAUAAAAGACAUCUCUGUAUCAUGUGGUUUCUAGCCACCUCUGCAGUGGCCCGGACAUUGCUCAGGAGGCCCAGUCAUGACGAGCGCUCCCUUGGCUCACCUGAAUGAAGAGUGUGCUUUCAGGACACAGUUGUGCUGCUAAAACAGCCUCACACCUGCAUCCCUGGGCUUCUAGGGAUGCCUCCUCCUGCAAGGACUGACUGCUUUGGGCCUCGGUGUCUGUGUAGGGAUUAAGUGAGAUAAUACGGGGUGGAGUGCACUGCUCCACACAUGUCAGAAUUGGUCUGUGAAGCUCACUUGUCCCUCGUCUUCUGAAUGGACUGACAUCAUGGAGGCAGGUGCUGCCCGCCUGUCUGGCUCAUCGUAUGUGUAUGUGGGGCGAGGAGUGCCUGGGGAGGGCAGGGCUCAAUUAAAGUUACUGGAUAUUUUCUCUA